AUGGAUGGUCAGCAAGUGUGUAAUGAUUCGAAGCUGUACAAAAAAUCCACAUCGAAAGAAGAGAAGAAAAACAACGUAUUGCAACUGUGGGGAAACGAACGUACAAUGAAUUUAAACCCACUCAUCUUGGAAAACAUACGAACUUCGUAUUACUUUAAAGUGAAUCUUCGCAAGUUGAAAACGUACCACGAAGUCGUCGAUGAAAUUUAUUACAGAGUUGGUCACCUAGAACCGUGGGAAAAAGGAAGCCGAAACACAACUGGGUUAACGGCACUGUGUGGAGGUGUUAGAGGGGUUGGUGCGGGAGGGAUUGUAUCAUCAGCUUACUGCUUACUGUAUAAAAUGUUUACGUUAAAAAUGACUCGAAAACAGGUCAAUGGUUUGAUUACUCACCCUGAUUCCCCUUACAUUAGAGGUUUAGGUUUUAUGUAUAUCAGAUACACACAGCCUCCACAAGACUUAUGGGAAUGGUUCGAGCCAUUUUUAAACGACAAAGAAGAAAUUGAUGUAAAGGCAGGAGGGGGCCACGUUAUGACAAUAGGAGAUAUGUUAAAAAGAUUUCUGACAAAACUGCAAUGGUUUUCCACAUUCUUUCCACGAAUUCCGCAGCCAAUACAACAGACGAUCGAUAGGAAAUUACCGGUACUGACGACAAGGACACGAAACGAAUUUCGGGGCAAUGGAACGACUCGGCGUAAUUCUUUUAAGGAAUAUCAUACAGCUGCAAAAGUAGAAAAGGGAAAGACCGCCAUUUCCUCGAAUUCGUGUAAUUCAGAGAAAGAAAGUUCAGCUAGUUCCAAGAAAAGGCGACAUUCAUUUGAAUACAACGUCCAGAAUACAAAUAGAAGAGCAAAGGAAAGAAGGUGUAAUUAA